AUGAACAAUACAGCAUUAAAGAAUAUUAGAUGUCAAAAGUGUUUAGAAUAUGGACAUUAUACUUACCAAUGUAAAAAUAAUGCAGUUUAUAAAUCGAGACCAACUCGUACAGCAUUUUUAAAUGAUAAAAAAUUACUAGAGAAUACCUUAAAAUCAUACCAAGAACGCGAUAAAAAUACUAUUAAAGAUAGCGAUAAAAAGAAAUCAAAAUCAAAAUCAAAAGCAAAAUCAAAAUCAAAGAGAAGAAAAAGAUCACAUGAUAGCAGUGAUGAUUCAUCUGAUAGUGAUAGUAGUAGUAGCGAUAGUGAUUCUUAUAGUAGUGAUGAUUCAUCCUACAGUGAUAGUAGCGAUUCAUAUAGUUCAGAUUCAGACUCAGACUCAGAUUCAGAUUCAGACUCAAAAAAAAGAAGAAAGAAAAACAAAAAAUACAGCGAAAAAAGAGACAGAGACAGAAACAGGGACAAAGAAAAAGAUCAAAAAAAUGACAAAGUACAAAGAGAUAGAAGUAGAAGUAGAGAUAGAAGUAGAAGUAGAGACAAAAGUAGAGAUGAUAGUCCAACUAAUGGUAAAAUAGAUACUGGUAUAGAAAAAAAUAAUAAAAAGAGUGAAUUUUCAAAUAAAAAUAGUCCAAGUAGAAGCCCCAGAAAUAGAAAUAGAAGUCCUUUAGAUGAAGAACAUAGGGGUCGUAGUAGAACUAUAAAUUAUGAAAAAAGUAGAAGCAGAAGUCCCAGUCCAAGUAGAUAA